GCCGCUUCUCCCGGCCGCUGCUUGCUGCCGCCGCCGCUGCUACUACGGGCGCCGCGGAGUUGGUGCCCGGGGCCGGGGCGGGCGCGCUCCAGGGGGACCGGCCCCGAUGAAGCGGAAGGAGAAGCGGCUCCUGCAGGCUGUGGCGUUGGGGCUGACGGCCCUUGUCUUCCUGCCCAACGUUGGACUGUGGGCUCUCUAUCGAGAGAGGCAACUGGAGGGCGGCCCCGGAGGUGCUGAGGCGGCGGCGGCCAGAGCGGGGGUCGCACAGGGUCAACAAAGAAAACAAAGGAAAGACACCUAUUUUGAAGAUGGCCAGAGGAGAAAAGACUGGCAUGAUAUAGAAGCAAUCUGGAAGGACGCUAAGAGAGUAGGAAAUGGAGAGCAAGGAAAGCCUUAUCCCAUAACAGAUGCAGAACGGGUGGACCAGGCAUACAGAGAAAAUGGAUUUAACAUUUUUGUCAGUGAUAAAAUUGCUCUUAAUCGGUCCUUACCUGAUAUUCGGCACCCAAAUUGCAACAGCAAACUGUACUUAGAGAAGCUCCCUGACACCAGCAUCAUCAUCCCAUUCCACAAUGAAGGUUGGUCCUCUCUCCUGCGAACAGUCCAUAGUGUAUUGAACCGUUCUCCACCAGAGCUAGUGGCUGAGAUUGUGUUGGUGGAUGACUUCAGUGACCGAGAACACCUGAAGAAACCUUUGGAAGAUUACAUGGCCCAAUUUCCAAGUGUGAGAAUCCUCCGAACCAAGAAGAGGGAGGGACUCAUAAGGACUCGGAUGUUGGGGGCUUCCGUGGCCAUUGGAGAUGUCAUUACAUUUUUGGAUUCUCACUGUGAAGCAAAUGUCAACUGGCUUCCACCUUUACUAGACCGCAUCGCAUCGAACCGAAAGACCAUCGUGUGCCCGAUGAUUGACGUGAUUGAUAACAAUCACUUUGGGUAUAAGACACAGGCUGGGGAUGCCAUGCGGGGAGCAUUUGACUGGGAGAUGUAUUACAAGAGGAUCCCCAUCCCUCUGGAAUUGCAGAAACCUGACCCUAGUGAUCCAUUUGAGUCUCCUGUAAUGGCUGGAGGACUAUUUGCUGUGGAUCGAAAGUGGUUCUGGGAGUUGGGAGGGUACGAUCCUGGUCUGGAGAUCUGGGGUGGAGAACAGUAUGAAAUCUCCUUUAAGGUGUGGAUGUGUGGGGGCCGAAUGGAGGACAUUCCCUGCUCCAGAGUGGGUCACAUCUACAGGAAAUAUAUCCCUUACAAGAUCCCUACAGGAGUCAGCCUGGCCCGGAAUCUGAAACGAGUGGCCGAGGUAUGGAUGGAUGAAUAUGCAGAAUACAUUUACCAGCGCCUUCCAGAAUACCGCCAUCUCUCCACAGGGGAUGUCACUGCCCAAAAGGACCUCCGAAACCGCCUAAACUGCAAAAGCUUCAAGUGGUUCAUGACCGAAAUUGCCUGGGACUUGCCCAGGUUUUAUCCUCCAGUGGAGCCCCCGGCAGCUGCCUGGGGGGAGAUCCGCAAUGUCGGCACCCAGCUGUGUAUAGGGACAAAGCAUGGUUCCCUGGGCUCUGCCCUGAGACUAGAAAGCUGCGUCAAGGGCCGAGCAGAGACAGCAUGGGGUAACAUGCAGGUGUUUACCUUCAGUUGGAGAGAAGAUAUCCGUCCUGGAGACCCCCAGCACACCAAGAAGUUUUGUUUUGACUCCAUCUCCCAUAGCAGUCCUGUCACACUCUUUGAUUGUCAUGGCAUGAAAGGGAACCAGCUAUGGAAAUAUGGAAAAGACAAGACUCUCUAUCAUCCUAUCAGUGGUACCUGCAUGGACUGUACUGAGAGUGAUCACAGGAUCUUCAUGAAUACCUGCAACCCCUUGUCUCCAACACAGCAAUGGAUAUUUCAGUACACAAACUCAACCGUCCUGGAAAAAUUCAACAGGAACUCUGACCUAUAAACAUAAAGAAUAUAUAUGUGUGCAUAUAUGUGUUUGGGUGCAUAUAUAUGUGUAUCUACAUAUGCAUAUGUAUCUGCUCACACUAUCCCCUAAUCACAUAUGCACACAUAACACAACUAUUUUUUUUUACUGGUGAUGAAAAGAGAUUUUUUUUAAAGGAAUAAUUUUUUUUAAAAAAACAAGGUCCCAGGGAGCAUCUCCAGAAGGCAUGAGGAGAAUGACAAGAUCUAAAGGACGAUAUAAAUUUUUAUGCUGCUACAGCACUCACUCCCUCAAUACUUCUCCCUAUUGGAAUGAUGGAGAACAUCUAUAGACCCUUAUCAGAACUGCUGUUCCCUCCCUCCCAAACCCACUUGGCCCAGGAAAAGAAGGCCUGACCAGCUCUGAUGCUUCUCCCCCAAAGUGUACAGCUGGUGUGGGAGGAAGAUUGGAAAGAUGCCCCCAUGGGGUAUCAAAGCUUUCCCAGGUGGUCCCCUCAGCAUAUCUUGAGUUUUCAGGACCUCACAUCAUCUCCCCACCCCCCACCCCCCCACCAAUUACUCGGUUAAAGGAAGAUCUCUUAGAAGUGAUUUGCUCAAUACUGGAUGGAAAUGCAGAUGAAAUGACAGGAAGGCUCUCAUAAAGGCUUGGGUUGGGAGGGAUUGAAAGGAGCCAUGGAGUAAAGAUCAUCAGCUAUAUUGGACCGUGUGUUCCACAUUCUUUUUUUAGCAUUUAUGAUGCAGGGGCCCAGAAAGAACAAUAGUUUCCUUCCUGUAGGUCUAACCUUUGGCUUCCUUCUAAGAUGGAUCAUAAUAUAGGCUCCAAAUGUCCCAAAAGGGAACUCAGCCUGUCAUCAUUAGCUUCUAUCUGCCCUGCCCUUGACCUUCUGAAGCAGCCUGGAUCAAAUUUAUCAUUUGCAACUGGUCCUCUCCAGCUUCUUUUAUUUUUUUCUCUUCACAUGAAUGCAGAUCUGGAAAUUUGCUAAAGGUGCCCGUUUGCCAUUGCCCCUAUAAUUCUCUCACCCCUUCCUUCAACCUUGAUUUGCUGAUCACCACCCCCCAAAUAUCCAACUUUUACAGUAAAUUUAUUUUUAUAUA